AAACACAACUGGGCCCGAGCAAAACAGAGCAGAACAGCGACCAAACUUUGCAAAAAAAAUAAACAAAAAAACAAAGCAAAAGCAAAUAAAAAAGGGGGACAAAAGCAAAAGCAAAAAACAAAACAAAACAAAAAGCAAAUCCAAAAACUAAGCGACCUCAACCCAGCAGCCUCUGUCCUCUCCAGCCAGCAGCAGCCAGAGCGUCCGUCCCACUCCUUCUCGGUCCUUCUCCCAGCUCCAUUCACACAAAAGGCCAAAAGGCGACGCGCCAGAGCCCCGGAGCCCCGGAGUCCCGGAGCCCCGGGCCGGCCAGCCAGCCGGGACGCGGCCCCCUCUAGAUAUGGCCAUGGUAGUCAGCACGUGGCGCGACCCCCAGGACGACGUGCCCGGCUCCCAGGGCAGCCAGGCCUCGCAGGCGCCCCCCGUGCCCGGCCCGCCGCCCCCCGGAGCCCCGCACACGCCGCAGACGCCCGGCCAAGGGGGCCCGGCCAGCACCCCGGCUCAGACGGCGGGCGGUGGCCAGGGCGGCCAGGGCGGCCCGGGCGGGCCGGGAGGCGACAAGCAGCAGCAGCAGCAGCAGCACAUCGAGUGCGUGGUGUGCGGGGACAAGUCGAGCGGCAAGCACUACGGCCAGUUCACCUGCGAGGGCUGCAAGAGCUUCUUCAAGCGCAGCGUCCGCAGGAACCUCAGCUACACGUGUCGCGCCAACAGGAACUGUCCCAUUGACCAGCACCACCGCAACCAGUGCCAGUACUGCCGCCUCAAGAAGUGCCUCAAAGUGGGCAUGAGACGGGAAGCGGUGCAGAGGGGCCGGAUGCCUCCGACCCAGCCAACCCACGGGCAGUUCGCGCUGACCAACGGGGACCCCCUCAACUGCCACUCGUACCUGUCCGGAUAUAUCUCUCUGCUGCUGCGCGCCGAGCCGUACCCCACUUCGCGCUUCGGGAGCCAGUGUAUGCAGCCCAACAACAUCAUGGGCAUCGAGAACAUUUGCGAACUGGCCGCCCGGAUGCUCUUCAGCGCCGUCGAGUGGGCCCGGAACAUCCCCUUCUUCCCAGACCUGCAGAUCACCGACCAGGUGGCCCUGCUGCGCCUUACCUGGAGCGAGCUCUUCGUGCUCAACGCGGCCCAGUGCUCCAUGCCCCUCCACGUGGCCCCUCUGCUGGCGGCCGCGGGCCUCCACGCUUCGCCCAUGUCCGCCGACCGGGUGGUGGCCUUCAUGGACCACAUACGCAUCUUCCAGGAGCAAGUGGAGAAACUCAAGGCUCUACACGUGGACUCGGCCGAGUACAGCUGCCUCAAGGCCAUCGUCCUCUUCACAUCAGAUGCCUGUGGUCUCUCUGAUGUAGCGCACGUGGAAAGCUUGCAGGAAAAAUCCCAGUGCGCUUUGGAAGAAUAUGUCAGGAGCCAGUAUCCUAACCAGCCUACGCGAUUUGGGAAACUUUUACUCCGCCUCCCUUCUCUCCGCACCGUCUCCUCCUCAGUCAUAGAGCAAUUGUUUUUCGUCCGUUUGGUAGGUAAAACCCCCAUCGAAACCCUGAUCCGAGAUAUGCUACUCUCUGGCAGCAGUUUUAACUGGCCAUACAUGGCGAUCCAAUAAAUCAAUCAAUCAGAAUCAGAAGGGGGAGUGAAACCGAGAAAGAAAAGGCAAAAAAAGAGAGAGAGAAAAAGAGAGAGAGAGAAACUGGUGUGUUGGCUUAAAUUCCUUCUAUUAAGAAAGGAUAUAAAAGGAUGUUACAAGUUUGCUAAAAUAAAAACAGAAAUUAAAAAAAAGAAGAGGGGGAAGAAUUUAAUGGACUGUGAAUUUCAAAAGGAAAAAAGAGAGAGACUGUCCAAUGAACUUAUACAGAAUGCAUUAAAAAAAAAAACCUGUGUUGGUCAGAACAACUUGCUACUUAUCAUUUUUGUAUAAAAGGAAAAUUAGUCUUUUUUCUUUUUCCUUUUUAUUUUUUUGGGUCAGUUUUUGAAAACUAUUUGCUCAAAGUGCAUUUAAGGAGAUUGGGAGAAAAUUAGCAGAAUGGAGAAAGUAAGUCUUUUUUUUUUUCCAAAUUAUUAAUUGUCUUGUGUCUAUGUACCUAUAGCUGUUCUUUUUUGUACUUUUCUGGUUCCAAACCAGUUUCUUCUGUGGUUCUAUAAUAAGUUUUGAUAUAAUCUUGGCUUCUUAAAAACUGUGUAUCCUUAAGGUAUAAUAUGUUCUGCAAGAAUUAAAACUGAGUCCAUGAAAAUAUCCUAGGAAGACAUUAAAAACUUUAAAAGGCAACUCAAAAGGUGAUGGAGACGCACUUACAAGUGGUGACCAGAAAUUUUAGGGCGAAGUUGAGCUCCUCUUAAUUUGAGAAGUGAAGGAACCACAUUCAACAUCUAACUUCCUCUACUCUGUCCCUCCCCCCCCCCAAAAAAAAAGACACCAUGACAAACUUAGCUUUUUAAAAAUAUUUUGAGAGAGAAUGAACUGUGGAAUUUAUUGGCAGCCAAGGAGUGUGUCCAAGACACACUGAGGUUUUGAAUAAAAAGUGAACUUUUGUAAUUUGAAUUGGGUCCCCGCUUAGUUCUUGAAUUGUUAUGGAAAAAAAAAUCCUCUUAUCUGUUUGUAUAUUUGCAAACCCCUUUGUAUUAUAAUUGUUGAUAUUUUUCCCUUUUUAAAAAAAAUACCAUUGAAAUCAGCAUGACAAAAUAACGCUGUUGGCACUUAUAGGUAACGUGAUUGAUUCAGUAUCUUAGAGUUUACAGUUUGUGUUUUAAAAAAAACUGAAGGUUUUUUUUUAAGUGCAACAUUUCUGUAUACUGUAAAAGUUAUAAUAACUGAAGUG